GGAAACAGAAAUCAGAGAAUCCCGGGGCCAACAAAAACGCUCAUUUCCCAACUUCUCAUCUUCCACUCCGCUCCCACUCGAAUCGCCGGCUGGAUCUCCGGCGAUGAGCGCCGGACCUCAUGCCCGCCGGUGAUCCACGAGAUGAACCCUAGAUCCCAUUCCUCAUAGCCACGAAGCACAGCUCAUACGCUCGUUUCUAGCCUCUAAUAUCUCGAUGGAGACGCGGCUAGGGUUUUCAUGGCGGAUUUUGGUAGUUCUCACGGCGAUCUUGGCUGGGAUUGAGUGUGGAGCGGUGGCGGAGAAGCCACGGGGAAAGCGGCGGCACGCCUACGCCUCGAUGAUGUACAUGGGGACGCCGCGUGACUACGAGUUCUUCGUUGCUACUCGGGUGAUGAUGCGAUCCCUCUCCAAGCUACGCGUUGAUGCCGAUCUCGUCGUCAUCGCCUCCAUCGAUGUCCCUUCCCGCUGGCUCCGUGCUCUAAAAGAAGAGGAUGGUGUCAAAGUGGUCAGGGUUGAGAAUUUGAGGAACCCAUAUGAGAAGCAGGAUAACUUCAAUAGUAGAUUCAAGCUGACUCUAAAUAAACUUUAUGCUUGGAGUUUAGUGGCUUAUGAUCGAGUCGUUAUGCUUGAUUCUGACAAUAUCUUCCUUCAAAGAACUGACGAGCUCUUCCAGUGUGGUCAAUUCUGUGCUGUAUUUAUUAACCCUUGUAUCUUCCAUACUGGUCUCUUUGUUCUGCAGCCUUCAAUUGAUGUCUUCAAUAACAUGCUCCAUGAGUUAGAAAUUGGACGUGAGAAUCCCGACGGUGCAGAUCAAGGCUUUCUUGCCAGCUACUUCCCGGAUUUGCUGGACCGUCCGAUGUUCCAUCCGCCUGCAAAUGGCUCGAAGCUGGAUGGCUUCUAUCGCCUUCCCUUGGGCUAUCAGAUGGAUGCUUCCUACUACUAUUUGAAGCUUCGAUGGAGCAUACCAUGCGGACCGAACAGUGUGAUUACAUUUCCCAGCGCGCCAUGGUUGAAGCCUUGGUAUUGGUGGUCUUGGCCAGUCCUCCCAUUAGGCCUUUCAUGGCACGAGCAACGCAGAAAGAGUCUUGGGUAUAACUCAGAGCUGCUGGUGAUGCUGAUACAGUCUGCGAUGUAUCUUGCCAUCUUAGCAGUGACGCGGCUGGUCCGACCCAGUCUGACAAAGCUCUGUUACAACAGGAAACCGGAGAAAAGCAUCGCAUUGUUGCACGCUUCAUUGAAGGUGGCAGGCAUAUGGUCGAUAAUGGCAGCAUACACCGUGCCAUUCUUUCUUGUACCCCGGACGGUGCAUCCUGUAUUAGGCUGGUCUCUUUAUCUACUCGGCUCGGCAGCUCUGACCUCGAUUGUGAUCAAUGUCUUUUUACUGCCAGGACUGUCAGUUCUCACACCAUGGCUGGGAAUCCUGGGAUCAUUGUUUGUGAUGGCAUGGCCUUGGUAUUCAGAUGGUGUGGUUAGGGCCUUGGCAGUGUUUGCUUAUGCUUUUUGUUGUGCUCCCUUUGUAUGGGGAGCAUUGAUGAAGAUUUUGGGUUCCCUCCAGACACUAGUUGAGAGGGAGGCAUUCUUUCCCAGGUUGGGGGAGUCUACAGAGCUGCCCAACAAGUUGUAUUAAGAGAAGACAAUGCAGAGAACUGCAUGAAUUUAGUGAUGAAAUUGGGAUUUAUUCUCACCUUUUCACUGAUCAGUGAAUGAUCACUGAUCAUGUGUUGUUGUAAAACUAAUACAGUCCAAAUGCAAAAGAAAGCUAAAAGCAAAUGCUUUGUUUU